AUGAAAUUUCCAAUAGAAACUGGAAGAUGGCAAAACAUAGAAAGAGAAAACAGAAAAUGUGUAUUGUGUAAUUCAGAUGCCAUUGGUGAUGAAUACCAUUACAUUUCUAAAUGUUCAGCUUUUGAUAACUGUAGAAAACACUGUUUUGCAUUUUACUAUAGAAAUAGACCAAACACAUUGCAGUUUUAUGACUUAAUGAAUUCAAUGUACAGAACUGAACAAACUAUCAACCAGAAAGAGGAAUUACCUAUAGAUGAAUCACCCAUAGACGAAUUACCCGAAGACGAAUUACUCAAAGAUGAAUUACCCUAUAGACGAAUUACCCAAAACGAAUUACCCAAAGAUGAAUUACCCAUAGACGAAUUACCCAUAGACGAAUUACCUAUAGACGAAUUACUCAAAGACGAAUUACCCACAGAUGAAAUAACAUUACUAACCCAAAUACGAAAUAUGAAUAAAAUGGCUGAAGGAGGUUAUGAGUUUGAUAAUCCUGAGUUUAAAAAUAAUGAUUAUGAUGAUGAUUAUGAAGAAGAAGAAACGUCUUUUCAAGAUGAUGAAGAAGAAUACGGUGUUAAUUUUGUCAGGGAUGUUUUAGGUGUAGAUGAUUAUAAAAUAUCUGAUAAUUUAAGAGAAGGUAGAGCAGGGUUUCAGAGAAUGUUAAAUGAACUCGAUAAUAUAGAAAUUCCAUUACAAGAAAUAUCUACACAAGAAGAAGGACAAGAAUUAUUAGAAACAGCAAGUAAUGCAGAAACAUAUGUGAAAGAAAUAGAAACUUCAUUUAUUGAACAAGGAACAUCUUUAAUAAAUGAAGAAACACAAACAAAAAUGACAAAAAGAGAGAUGGAUGGUAUAAUAAAAGCAUUUACAACAGCGGAAGAUGAGAUUGCAAAUAAUUUAGCAAAACUGAAUGAAACAAAUAAAGACUUAGCAAAAGAAAAUGCCAAAUUAGAACAAGCUAAAGAAGACAAUGAUGAAUUUCAAAUAGAUAGAAUAAGUAGUCGAAUAAGAGAGUUGGAAUCUGAGAGAAGUGCAAGACUAGAAGUAAUUAAUAUUAAUAAAGAAAAACUACGUAGUCAAGUAAACAGAUUUAAACAAACAAUACAUAAAAUGUUAAACGAAGACAAAACAUUAGGUGAAAGAAUAAGAACAUUAUUCAGAGAACAAGGAAUAACAAUAGUUAGUGUUUUAACUGCUUUUGGAAUGAUUAUUGGUGUUAUUGUUGAAGCAUUUACUGGUGGAACUACUUCUCCUUCUCCUUCUCCUCCAUCAAAAGGUGGUGGUGUACAAGACUGGAUAAAAAAACAAUUAAAAAAUCUUGGAAAAUUAUUAUCUUUUCUUGCAGGAAAAUUAGCAGCUGCAUUACCAGGUAUUAUAGGUUCUAUUGUUUCUUGGUUAUUGUCUGCAACAAAAGACGUAGUAAAUUGUUGUUAG